CUGGCUCCUAGUUUCUCACUUUGGAACCUGGGAGCCAGAACCCUGGCCGGGCCCCGGACGUCUCUCCGUCCCUGGGCCCCGCCACUGUGUCCCCAGACCAGACUCUGCCUCGGACUAUGCCGUGCCCCCGAUGGAAGAGACGGAGCGGCGGGGAGCUGGAGUCCUCGUUCCGGAUCCUGGUAUCGGACGGCGGGAGCCAGGAAAGGGCCGCGCUGCGAGCGCUGAAGAAGAUGGAUCUGAACGAAGAUGAGGAUGUGCUGGCUAUGCUGAAGGGCUCUCAGUUCUGCAAGAUCAGGUCGCUAAAGUGGCAGAAGGUCCGCUUCUACAGGCUGCAGGAAGACUGCAUGACCGUGUGGUUCCAGCGCCGCUUCCGACACCCUAAGUCUCAUCACGUCUUCUCCUUGCAGCACAUCGAGGCCGUGCGCCAGGGCCAUCAGUCCGAGGGGCUGCGGCGCUACGGCGGCGCCUUCCCCUCCAGCUGCUGCCUCACCAUCACGUUCAAGGGCAGGUGCAAGAACCUGGACCUGGCAGCGUCCACCGAGGAGGAGGCACAGCGCUGGGUGCGUGGCCUGGCCAAGCUCCGGGCGCGUCUGGACGCCAUGAGCCAGAGGGAAAAGCUUGACCAUUGGAUCCAUGGCUACCUACAUCAGGCAGAUUCAGACCACGACAGCAAGAUGAGUUUCAAGGAAAUCAAACACCUUCUUCAGAUGGUGAACGUGACCAUGGAUGACAUGUAUGCCCAUCAACUAUUCAAGGAGUGUGACAGCUCUCGGAACGAGCAGCUUGAAGAUGCUGAAAUCGAAGAGUUUCUCCGGCGGCUGUUGAAACGGCCGGAAUUGGAGGAAAUCUUUUACCGCUACUCUGGGGAAGACCGAGUCCUGAGUGCCACUGAGCUGCUGGAGUUUCUCCAUGACCAAGGAGAGGAGGGAGCCACUGUGGCCCAGGCGCAGCACCUAAUCCGUACCUAUGAGCUUAAUGAGAAAGCUAAACAGCACAACCUGAUGAUGCUGGAUGGUUUCAUGAUGUUCCUACUGUCACCUGACGGCGCUGUCCUGGACCCAACGCACAAAGACGUCUACCAAGACAUGAAUCAGCCCCUCUCCCAUUACUUUAUCUCCUCUUCCCACAAUACUUACCUGACCCAGUCCCAAAUUGGUGGUGUCAGCAGCACAGAGGCCUAUAUCAGGGCAUUUGCUCAGGGCUGCAGGUGUGUGGAGCUGGACUGUUGGGAGGGGCCGGAUGGAGAACCUGUCGUUUAUCACGGGCACACAUUCACCUCUAAGAUCCUUUUUCGGGAUGUCAUCCAAGCUGUGCGGGACCAUGCCUUCUCGCUGUCUCCGUACCCCGUCAUCUUAUCCCUGGAGAACCACUGUGGGAUGCAGCAGCAGUCCACCAUGGCUCACUAUCUACGGACCAUCCUGGGGAACAUGCUGGUGACAGAAACUCUGGACGGGAAAAUCCCUGAAGAGCUGCCUUCUCCAGAGCAGCUGAAGGGCAAGGUUCUGGUGAAGGGCAAGAAACAAACUGUCCAUCAGAAAAAAGAGGCUCUGUCUGACCCGCCUGCGGAGGACAAAGAAAAUGAACUUAAGUUGCUAAAAGUCAAGUCUUUCACAAAGAGAAGAAAAUCAUCCACACAUAAAUUGGAAGAGUCUGUCCUGCCCUAUAUAGAGGAAGAAGAGGAAGGAAAGGAGGAACAAGAUGAGAAAUCUGAGGAGGAGGAGGAGGGAGAGGCAGAGGCUGGACAGUACAAUAAACAGACCAAGAAAAGACCCCAGAUCUCCUCCAGGCUUUCAGACCUGAUUGUCUACUGCUGUUCCUCCCAUUUAAAUGCCAUGGACCUGCCUGGGAUCCAACCCCAGCCCUGCCGGGUCCCUUCUCUCAGUGAGCGCAAAGCCAGGAAAUUCAUCAAGGAAGCUGGAAACCACUUUGUCCGACAUAAUACUGACCAGCUCUGCAGAGUCUAUCCACUGGGGCUCAGGAUGACCUCUGCCAAUUAUAACCCCCAGGAGAUGUGGAAUGGGGGCUGCCAGCUGGUGGCCUUGAACUUCCAGACUCCUGGGUAUGAGAUGGAUCUGAACAACGGCCGCUUCCUGGUGAAUGGGAAAUGCGGUUAUGUCCUGAAACCUGCCUUCCUGCGGCAAAGAGACACAACCUUCGACCCUGAACGCCCUGGGCCCCCCCAGACCACCCUCAUUAUCAAGGUGCUAACAGCUCAGCAAUUGCCCAAAUUGAACAGAGAGAAGCCAAACUCUAUCGUGGACCCGCUGGUUCGGGUGGAGAUCUAUGGGGUACCCAGGGACUGCGCCCAGAAAGAGACUAACUAUGUGCUCAACAAUGGCUUUAAUCCUUACUGGGGGGAGACUCUGCAGUUCACCCUCGGGGUCCCAGAGUUGGCCUUGGUCCGAUUUGUAGUGGAAGACUAUGACAUCACCUCCUUCAAUGAUUUCGUGGGCCAGUUCACCCUACCCAUGUGCAGCCUAAAGCAAGGGUACCGACACAUCCACCUAUUCUCGAAGGAUGGGGCUUCUCUCUCGCCAGCCACACUCUUUGUCCACAUUCAGAUCAAAAACCAGUGAGGAUCGAUUCCCUCAUCACCAGCUUACGCCUAGAACCUGCCUUCCUGCUUGAAAGCCAGAGGCGUGGUUUUGAGGAAGGGGAUGUUGAGGGCAUCCUCUCAAGCAAGGAGAGCCUGUGGAAUUAUCAUCAUCCUCUCCUGGGCCCAGGAUAGUUGGAACCUCCUCCAGUUCUGGGUCGCACUCGGAGAUCUGUGGAUAUGAGAGGGGGUAUCUAUGUCCUUGGGGCUCAUCCCAUCAUGAGUGGAGCUUGCACUCUUUGGGUUUUAGGCAUGGGAUCUUGCCUUGCCUAGAUGCCCAGAGUCCUGCUGUGCCCUGGGAAAUGGGGGGUCUGUCUUCGAGGUGGUGCUCUUGAUCUGAUUGGCCAUUUUGGCUAUACUGCUGACCCUGCUGUCCUCGGGGCCAAAGCCCUAGUCUCCUCUUCACUCCCACAGCACCAGGAUCUUUGACAGUCUUACAGCAGCAAUGCCCAUUCUGACCCCAUGGGCUCUCCUGCCCUGCACCCUUUUUUGGAAUGGACCUAUGUUCCACUCUUCCCUAGGGAGAGUGGAGACCAGGAGAUAGGGGAGACCCUGAAGUAGUUUUUUGUUUUCCUGGGGAUUCCUCAGGGGCAAAUAGUAUUACAGAACAAUCUUAUAAAGAA